AUGACGGUGCUGCUGCCCUCCUUCAUCGCCGACGGCAACUGGUUCCUGCUGGCGCUGGCGCUGCCCGUGGCGGCCCUUGGGGCGCUGGUGCACCCUCGCUGGCGCGUGCGCUUCGGCGACGUCUCGCGGCGCAGCGCCAAGCGGCUGUACCUGCUGUGGGCGCUGCUGGUACUGAGCGCGAUGCUGGGCGUGCUGGGCGUGUCGCUGGAGGUCUACCACGCGCGCGGCUGCCCCAACAGCUCCGUGUUCCGCUACGAGAUCGAGAACCUGGCGCGGUUCGUGUACGAGUUGUGUGCGCGGCAGCACGUGCCGUACUGGGCGGCGUUCGGCAACUUGCUGUUCGUCAUGCGCGGCCAGCGCCGCAUCCCCGCGGGCGACACGGACUCGGACAUUGGCGUGGUCAAGACGGACUUCAUGCGCCAGUUUGGCAGCGUCAGCAAUUUCUCGGAAGUCGUGCGACGAGAGGCCUACCUGGAGCUGCAGAGACCCGUGUACGUGGUGUACCACACGGAGCGGGAGCUGGUGCAGAUCUACCUGGACGAGGAGACCAAGGGCUCCCACGCCGACAUUUGGUUCUACCGCGAGGAGGUGGAUAAAGAGACUGGGGUGAAGUGGCUGGUGAAUGACGACCGCACUAUCCGAGGCAAGUGGCUGCUCUACGACCAGGUGCUGCCGCUGCACGAGGAGCCGGCGUUCUUCCUGAAUGUCCCAGUGACGGUGCCACGCAAUGCGAGUUACUUGGCAAGAGCCGAGUACGGAGCCAACUUCAUGACGCCCAUUACGAUGAGGAUGGAGUGCAUCGAGAACAUGAUCAACGGCUACACAUUCUACAAGACGCCGUUCACAAUGAAGCUGCGCGAACUUCAUUUCGCCUCUUAG